UCCAAAAGAUGUCAGUGGCGAUGAUCAACAAGUCAGAGGAGGCUGAAGGAGACACCUGGAAUGAAAUAGGUACUGAAGAAAGGUUUAAAUAUGGAUGGAGAUCUCAAUGUCCAGUGUGGUGGAUCAGAGCUGCUGCAGUGUGUCUGGGACUCCUGCUGCUCAUUGUGAUCUUCGGCCUGGUGGCCCACAAUGCCAGUGCUAUCGGUCAGCAGGACUCACUGUUGGAUCAUCUGAUGAAGUGUGAAAAGCUGAUUCACAACCUGACGACAGACAACUACGCUCUGAGAGACGAGCUGAACCAGAUGAAGGUUAAUUCCAGCAGACUGACAAAAGAGAUGGAAGAGCUGCAGAGAGAAUACAAGACUGUGGCUGCGAGUCGAGACCACUUACUGCAGGAAUACACAACUUUAAACAGCAGCUCAGCGUGUAAAGUGUGCCAGCGUGGAUGGAUCAAGUUCAACAACAAGUGCUACUACGCCUCAGAGAAAGGACAGGCCAAGAACUGGGAGGACAGCAGGAAGGACUGUCUGAAAAGAGGAGUCGACCUGGUGAUGCCGACCACAAAAGAGGAACUGGACUUUGUGGCCAGAAUUUACGAGAAAACCUGGAUCGGUUUGUCUGACAAGAAGCAUGAGGGAACGUGGCUCUGGGUGGACGGAUCCAGGCUGGUGACGGGGUUCUGGCAGACUGGAGAACCCAAUAAUGCUGGAGAUGAGGACUGUGCGGAGUUCAUAAAUGGGAAAUGGAACGAUGCUCUUUGUAGCUUGACAGUACCGUGGAUUUGUGAGGAUUAAGAGCCAAUGAGCUAUAAGAGAUUGAGCAGCACAUGCUUUUAUAUUCAUACAUUUAUAUUCUUCUGCUUCUUGAAUGUCAACUACAACUGUCCAGUAGUCAACUGAAGCCUCCAUCCACAUGUAAAAAACAUCAAUAUCAUGUGUGUCAUGUCAGCCUUAGCUUCCAAUGACUCCAGUAACCGAAUCUUCUAUAAUUCAAUCAGUGAAACACAUGAAUCUUUCACAGAGAAGCGUGUAGAUGAAAACCAAAGGAACCUAACAGAGGUAAAAACGGACAUUUAACCAAAAUCAGCAUGUCUGUAUGUAUAUUUUUGAUCCAGCAGGUUUUGUCAUAUUUCUAGAAGACCUUUAAUAAAUCAAUGAAAUACCAUAAAUUCGUGAUUGCUUAUUGGGAUGACGAUUCAUGUGUUGAAGUGAUUCCAUCAUAGAAAAAUCAGGUUUAUAAGAGUCAUUGAAAACUUACCACCAUGAUAUACAAAAUCUGCACAAGUGUAUAGAAACUUCUGUUUUUGAUCCUAUUACAGUUAGUUCCCUACUUACUGAUCGAAAUAUAUACAAUAAUAGACAGUCUGAUGACAAUGUUCUUGUCUCUUGUAAUUUUCAAUCUUCAUAAACCCUUCAAUUAUGCUGCUACUUUGUAAUUUCUUUUAUAUCACUGAAAUAUUUAAAAAAAAUAUAUCCAUUAAAAAUUAUACUGAGCAA